AUGUACGCUGGAAUACGUGUACCUAAUCUACCUUUACGCUUAACUGCCUGUUACUUCAAUAUGAAGAUGGAUGAAGCAAAUUCAGUGGGCGAACAUCGAGAAGCUAUAUUAGUCACAGACACAUGUUCUACAUCAACAGAUGAUAAAAUUGAUAUCUCGAUGAAAUGUACACCUGCGCGGGUCGAAUAUCUGAAUUCACAGUUUCUUGUGUUUGAUGCUAAUGUGGCGGAGCAAAUGAGAGAAUGUCGUAUCAUCGCUGAAGCAUGCGGUACUUCUCCCGACGCGCGCGCCGAUCUUCGGAAAUAUGGAGCUCCAUUCGUUUUAAUGCCAGAACAAGUGGCUGUACUUGUUGAAUAUGAAGAUAUCCCUACUGAAAGAAGCGAUGCUGAACAUUCAAGAGCUUGUUCCACAAAGCUGGAUCAUGUAGCAUUAAGAAAAAAGGCUGAGAUGAUAGCAAAAGGUCGGAAAGCAAAAAAACUGAAACGUCAGGCUAAUUAUGGAGCUACAGCUGCAGCUUUGAAGGUUCAACGCUGUGAUAUUAUUAAUGUGAAAGUUACAGCUUCCGAAAUAAACGAUGCGGUAAAGGAACUGUCGACUCCUUACAAUAUCUCUAAGCAAGAGAAUACUUGGUUUCUUCCAUUGUAUAAUACUCAUGAAGAAAUAUAUGAAGAAAUAGAGAGGCCACCGUUUCCGAAAAGUUCUGAUUUCCGAAUCAGAUUAAACACAUUUCGUGAUUUAUGGCGUAGAGGUUAUUAUUUAACGUGUGGUUUGAAGUUCGGAUGUGAUUAUCUUGCUUAUGAAUCUGCUCCUGGUGAAGAUCAUUCCAAGUGGUUAGUGAAAUGUGUCAAUUCACAAGACGCUUUAUCUUCCCUAGAUCUUAUUGCGCUCUCAAGGCUCUCCUCUCAAGUGAAGAAGCAUAUCUUACUAGCUGUUGUCUCACCUGACACUUUAUCACCUUACUAUAUUGAAUAUUCCUGGUGGAAACCUCAGCGAUCUCGAAAUCUGUUCUAUUCCUUUUUCAAAUCAUUAGUUGGAAAAGAUGUGGUGGUGGAAUUGAAAAAUGAUUUGAGUAUCUGCGGUACGUUGCAUUCUGUGGAUCAGUAUCUAAACAUGAAACUGACGGAUAUCUCAGUGACCGAUUCAGAGCGGUACCCGCAUAUGCUUUCUGUCAAAAAUUGCUUCAUUCGUGGAUCCGUAGUACGAUAUGUGCAACUGCCUGCUGAUCAAAUAGACACCCAGCUGCUGCAGGAUGCAAGUCGGAAAGAAGUUAUGCAAGCCAAAAGAUCCGCAACCGCUUGA